UAAUGAAUUGAGUAGCUGACUAGAGGUGUCAAUUCGAGUGUCUGGAUCAAAUUCGACAAAUUCGAGUUGAAUCUUUUUUAAAUUUGAAUCUUACUAAAUUAUUGAGUUCAUAAACUUCACACGAGUAAAAAUCUGAGGAUUAUUAUUUUUUUUUUUAUGAGUUGGUUUUACAUCGGGUCAGUUGGUUUCUUUUUUUACACCUCUAUUUAUUUCUAAACUUUGUGCCCGCGGAAAUGACUGCAAAGUGCACACUUAUAAACAGUUCACCACCUCACUGCCAACGCCAAAACUAAACCUCAAAUCACCAAAAAUAUGGAGAAAAACUCCGACAACCCACCACCGGAAAACCACUCUCCGCCGGUAAACCACCAAUCAAUACCACCUUCCGCCAUAACUACAACCCAGAAAACCACCCCAAAACUCCAACCAAAACGCUUCAUACGCAACCAAAUCCCUUCCUCAAUCCUCAACAAUCCCUCCUUAAACGCCGCAAUCUCUCUCCUCCCAUCAAAUUACAACUUCGAAAUCCACAAAUCCGUUCAUCGAAUCCUCUCUCUCUCCUCGCCUUCACCGCGCAUCGCGCUCCAACUCCCCGAAGGGUUGCUCAUGUACUCCCUCUCUCUCUCCGACAUCUUCCGCACCUUCGCUUCUGCUUCCGACGUCUUCGUUCUUGCUGACGUUACUUACGGCGCUUGUUGCGUCGACGACCUCUCUGCUGCUGCCCUUGGCGCUGAUCUUCUCAUUCAUUACGGACAUAGUUGUCUUGUUCCGGUGGAUAAUACGGUCAUACCUUGUUUGUAUGUUUUUGUUGAAAUUGGGAUUGAUGUUUCGAAACUUGUUAAGACUAUUGAAGUGAAUGAAUUGGGUAGUAGGAAUUUGGCUGUUGCUGGGACUAUUCAGUUUGCUGGGGCAAUUAGGGGGGUUAAGGUUGAGCUUGAGAGAUUAGGGUUUAGGGUUUUGGUUCCCCAAUCGAAACCGUUGUCUGCUGGGGAGGUUUUGGGGUGUACUGCACCUAAGGUUUCAAUGAAGGAUUUUGGGGGUGUUGGGGUUGGUGGGGAUGAUGGGGAUUUGGUGAUUGUGUUUGUUGCUGAUGGGAGGUUUCAUUUAGAGGCGUUUAUGAUUUCGAAUCCCGGGGUUAAGGCGUUUCGAUAUGAUCCAUAUUUGGGGAGGUUAUUUUUGGAGGAGUAUGAUCAUAAAGGGAUGAAGGAUUCGAGAAUGAGGGCGGUUAUGAAGGCGAAAGAGGCUAAGAACUGGGGAGUUGUGUUGGGGACGCUAGGGAGGCAGGGGAACCCGAAGAGUCUUGAGAGGUUGGAGAGGAAGAUGGAGGAGAAAGGGAUGUCGUGGACAGUUGUUUUAAUGUCGGAGAUAUCACCUUCUAGGAUUGAGUUGUUUGAGGAUUCGAUUGAUGCUUGGAUUCAAAUUGCUUGUCCCCGAUUAUCGAUUGAUUGGGGGGAGGCUUUCCAUAGGCCUUUGUUGAAUCCAUUUGAGGCUGAGAUUGCGCUUGGCUUGAUUCGUGGUUGGUGGGAGAGAGAUGAUAGCGUUGUUGGUGUUGAUUGUGGGAGAAAUGGGGGGAGUUGUGGUUGUGAUAAUGAAACUAACAAAGGUGGGGUUGAUCAUGGAGGUGAUUAUCCUAUGGAUUACUAUGCUCAGGAUGGAGGAGAUUGGAAUUCCAGUUACAUGAAGGGAAAAAAUCGCCCUACUAGAAGAAAUCUUUCCUCUUGGAAUUCAAGCAGAAGGCUAGGCAAUUUUGCAGUCCAAGUGGAAGAGCCGACAUGACUUGUAAUACUCUUUCAUCUUGUCUAUGUUUGUUUAUGUGGAUUUUCUUGUUCUUAACUGAUUGAAUGUACGAUAUUCGUUUACAAGAAAUGAAAGGGAUGUCCAUUUUUUCUUA